GCAGAUCGGUGGCACGCUUGUGACAGAAGCAGAGGGACACGCUGACUAGGACACUUCUUUCCUCCCCGGGCUUAUACUUGGAGGCGUCUUUGGAAGCAGCACACAACAGGCGGGCGGAACAUCUUCCAUGCUAUGUGGGUCUAAACACGCGCACGAAACAAUGGACAGCAUGAGCGUUUUUUCUGGAGUGGGCAUUAACGGGAUGCCGGCCGGAGUUGGAAGCGGUGUCUUGGAGAAAGGCGGCGACGUCGUUGCAGCCGCGGUACGCCAAGAUCACCUGGAGAACAAUCAAGUGCUGAACAUUCUGAAGGUUCUUCAGCCGUAUGACGACAACCUGAAUGUGGCCACAAAGAAUGGAUUCAAUGUCAACGACGGCCUCGGCGCUCUGAGAUUAAACUCUCAAGACUCAGCAGAGAUUGCCAGUGGGGACUUGAUCAUGAAGACGGGUCUGGAUGUACCAGCCGGGAAAACUGUCUCUUCUCUUGAUAGAUUGAGAGAAAAGUUAAAUGCGGCUCAGAGCUUCAGGGGUGAAUUAAAAGGUCCAGCGUUGAAUGACCUCCCAUAUGUCAAUCUAAAUAAACCGUCAACAGAUGCCAGGGCAGAGUAUACAUUACCUAGUCUCGCAAAGGCUGGACCAGACCUUAAUGGCACCCUGGCAGCACCCGCUGUUAGUUUGGCAACUCCGCAACUUAACAGUCACAAUGCUUCGCUUGGCAUUGACGGAUCCGCCGUGCAGAAAGGAACCCUGAAGUAUGACGCCCCACCGUUCACAAUGCCAAAAUUUGAUCUACCUCAGGUCCAAACACCAGAGGUAGAUGGUGAACUAUACCUCCCCUCUGUUCAUAAGGAAAUAGAUCUCAAUCUGCCUUCACCAAAAUUAGACUUUACAAGCCCAAAUGCAGCUCUGAAUGGACCAAAACUGGAUUUAAGGGGACCCGAUGUUGACUUACAAGCUCCUAAUGCAGCUCUGAAUGGACCAAAACUGGAUUUAAGGGGACCUGAUGUUGACUUACAAGCCCCUAAUGCUGACCUCAGACUAUCUCCAGAUAAAAUCAAAUGGCCCCACCUAAAAUGGAAAGGACCAAAGGUGAAAGGACCGGAGGCUGCACUAAACGCUGACCUCCACACACCGGAUCUAAGCACACCAGACAUCCACUUACCUAAAGGUAAGCUCAAAGGCCCUUAUGCAGAUGUUCAAGCUCCAAAUCUGGACUUGGGUGCCCCGUCUGGAAAAAUAAAUUGGCCACAUUUGAAGUGGAAGAAGCCCAGACUUCAUGGCACUUCAUUCGAUGCAGAACUAAACUCACCAGACAUGGAUGUCUCUGUCCCGAGACUUAAGGGUGGGAUAAAAGCACCAGAUUUUGAUGUGAAUUUGCCAAAGGCUGACCUUAAAGGUCCUGAUCUAGACAUACAACGACCACAUUUGGAAGCACCGUCUGGUAGAAUCAACUGGCCUCACCUAAAAUGGAAGAAACCAAAAGUAAAGGGUCCAAAGGCAGACUUAGACAUCGAUGCAGGCCUGAAAACACCAGAGUUAUUAACUCCAAAUUUUGAGAGUGACAUUAAUGGGCAGCUGAGACUCCCAACAGCUGACGUUAAAGGUCCCAAUUUAGAUGUUGACACCCCAAACCUUGACAUUGACAGUCCAUCUGGUAAAAUUAACUGGUCUCCCUGGAAGUGGAAGAAACACAUAGUACCUGACCCUAAAAUUGAUAUGGACCUCAAAACAGACCUGAGCUCCCCGGAUGUCGAUUUGUCUAUUCCGAGCAUUGAGGGUGGGAUUAAUACCCCAGAUCUCAAUUUACCUAGAGCAGAUAUUGAUGUUAAUACACCAGAUGUUGACAUUGGGGCCCCUUCUGGUAGACUCAAGUUCCCAACACUGAAAAAGCCUAAGUUAUUUUUUUCUGGACACCAGCUAAAAACCCCGAGUGUUGACCUAGAUACUGACCUGAAAACCCCAGACCUCAACUUGUCUGCUCAAAAGUUGCAACUUAAUGGACCUGAUCUGAAUUUACCCAACGCUGAUGUGGAUGGUAUAGUGCCUGAUCUAGAUGCAUCUGGAAAGAUCAAAUGGCCCACCUUCAAGAGGCCAAAAUGGUCAGUCUCGGGUCCAAAGGUUAAUGGGCCAGAUAUUGAUGCUAACGUUUCUACACCUGACCUGAAUCUCACAGGUCCAAAGAUUGAUGGUGAGAUACACACACCAGAUCUAAAAUUCAACACACCAAAAGCUGAAUUGGACGGACCCAUGUUAGACAUUAACGCUGAUGCUCCAUCUGGUAUAUUCAAAUGGUUCAAGAAGCCCAAGAUUGGCACAUUAAAAGGUCUUUCAUCUGAUGUUGAUGCUGAUCUCAAGGUACCAGAUUUGGAUCUGAGUGUACCAGAUGUAAAUUUGAAUGCACCGCAUGUUGGUCUUUCAACACCAACAAUUGAAGCUCCGGACCUCAGAGGUGAUCUCAAAAGUCCUCAUGUAGAUCUUCACGCUCCCGAUCUAAACUUGGAGCAGGGUGAUGCUAAAGUGGUGUUACCAAAAAUAAACUUCCCAAAGUGGCCAAAAGUCAAGGACCCUCAACUGGAUACCAGUUUGCCCAAUAUAAAUAUUGAUGCACCCAAUGUAGAUCUAAAAUCCCCUAAUUUGCAAGGUAAUCUUGGUACACCUGAUAUUGACCUUGGUUUACCAAAAGGCAAUCUCCAGACUCCAGAGCUUGAUGUGUCAACUAAAAGGCCUACAUUUUCCAAGAUACAAUUACCAACCGUUUCAGGACCACAGAUAAACAAGCCCAAUCUUGAUGUUGAUGCUGAUCUCAAGGUGCCAAAUAUGGAUCUGAGUGCACCACACGUUGGUCUUUCAACACCAAAAAUUGAACCUCCAGACUUUAAUGCUAUUCUCAAAAGUCCUCAGGUAGAUCUUCCCGCUCACGAUCUAAACGUAGAGCAGACUGAAACUAAAGGGGUGUUUCCAAAACUGAAACUACCAAAGUGGCCAAAAGUCAAGGACUCUCACCUGGAUACCAAUUUACCCAAUAUAGAUAUUGAUGCACCCGAUGUAGAUCUAAAAGCCCCUAAUUUACAAGGUAGUCUUGGUACACCUGAUAUUGACCUUGGUCUACCAAAAGGCAAUCUCCAAACUCCAGAGCUUGAUGUGUCAACUGGAAGGCCUACAUUUCCCAAGAUACAAUUACCAAACUUUUCAGAACCAAAGAUAGAAAAGCCUAAUCUUGACGUUGAUGCUGAUUUCAAGGGGCAAAGUGUGGGUUGGAGUGCACCAGAUGUGGAUCUGAGCGCACCGCACGUUGGUCUUUCAACACCAAAAAUUGAACCUCCAGCCCUUAAUGCUGUUCUCAAAAGUCCUCAAGUGGAUCCCAAUCUAAACGUGCCAACUUUUUUAGGGCCAAAGUAUGAAAACCCUAAUCUUGAUGCUGAUCUGAAGGUGGCAGAUUUGGAUUUGAGUGCGCCGCAUGUUGGUCUCUUGUCCAAUUCAGAUCUUAAAGGCAUGGAUGCAUCAUUAAAAACACCAGAUCUAAACUUUGAUUCCCGGCAGGGCGACUUUCAGUUGCCUCAUUAUAAACUCCCGAAACUUGAUCUUUCAAGUCCUGAAGUAGAGUUUCCCAGUAUUCAUCCCUCUAUUCAGGCUGGAAUGGAAACACCUAAGGUCAACAUAGGUACCCCUAAAGCAGAUGCAAACAUCUCCGCUCCCACUGUAGAUGUAAGUGGUCCAAUGAUAACAGGGGACCUCAAAGGACCACAAGUAGAUAUGGCAGCUCCAAAGUUAGACGCUAAUCUGGAAAAGCCUAAAUUUCCACAUAUGAAGUUUCCAAAAAUGAGUUUCUCUGGACCAAAAACUAAAACUGUGGAGGUUGAUACCAGUCCAAAACUGUCUCCCGUCACAGUCUCUGCCCCAGAAAUCAACAAACCUGGAGUACAAAUCAAAGCUGGGGAAGAUGCUGAAGUUAAAGGUUCCCCAAAAAGUAAAUUGAAAUGGCCCUUUAAGUGGGGAUUCAAGUCCAGCUCAGACAUGACCGAUGAGGAGGGAGGAGGUCCUGAAGCUCCCGUAUUCAGACUACACAAUCUGCCUAACAAUGCCUUUGAAGAAAAAGAAGGCCAAUCAAAACUCGACAACGAGGCGAAGGAUUAUAUUAUUAGCAAAGGAAUCCGCUUACCAGUCGUGAACGUACCGUCAAGAAACGGAGAGAAGAUUGACAUCAUGGAGAGGUUGAGGAUGGCAAAGGAAAAAGUUCCCUCGACUAACGUCUCCCCGACCGAAGAGAAGAACCUCACCCUGAAGAUUCCUGCUCCGGAUCUUGACGCCACGAGCGCUUCCAUACUAGCAGAAGAACCUAAUUUAUUCAGAGGAGGUACUUUCAAAGUGGACAAACCGCAGUCUCCUUUGGGUUUGUUUGCUCCUGAGGUUUCUUCCUCAGAUGAAAGUGACAAAUUAUCUUUAAGCCUCUCCAACAUGCUGGGCCUCAAUGUCAAAUAAUCCGAUGUCGACUGCGAGGGCGAAAAAAGCAUUCGGCAAGAGUUGUUUCUAUAAAGUAUGUGUAUAUUCCUGUUAUUUAUAUAUGCGUUUAUACUUUUCCAUGUGUACUGCAUUUGAUGAUGCUUCUGAAAAGUGACAUAUUUUACCUUUUAAGUUAAUUGAAUCUUUUGUUGAAUAAAAUAUCAUUUAUUUCUCACUCA